CGCGCCACCAGGACUCCUCCAAUCCGGCCACAGGACCCGGCGGGAGUCUGGUCCACGAGCCAGGAUGGCCGUCCACACAGCCCUGCUGAUGUUCGUUGGACUGCCCUUCUUCCUCUCAGCGGCCCAGGCCCAGCUCCAGGCCCCUCCCGGCUGUGGCCCUGACCUCAACCCCCUCUACUACAACCUGUGUGACCGCUCCGAGGCCUGGGGCAUCAUCCUGGAGGCCGUGGCCGGGGCAGGCGUGGUCACCACGUUUGUGCUCACCAUCAUCCUGGUGGCCAGCCUUCCUUUCGUGCAGGACACCAAGAAGCGGAGCCUCCUGGGGACCCAGGUGUUCUUUCUGCUGGGGACGCUGGGCCUCUUCUGCCUCGUGUUUGCCUGCGUGGUGAAGCCCGACUUCUCCACCUGUGCCUCCCGGCGAUUCCUCUUUGGGGUCUUGUUCGCCAUCUGCUUCUCCUGCCUGCUGGCCCACGUCGCCGCCCUCAACUCCCUGUCCCGGAAGAACCACGGGCCCCAGGGCUGGGUGAUCUUCACUGUGGCGCUGCUGCUGAGCCUGGUGGAGGUGAUCAUCAACACCGAGUGGCUGAUCAUCACCCUGGUGCGGGGCCCGGCCAACGACGGCAGCUCUCUGGGCAACGGCAGUGCGGGCUGGGUGGGGGUGGGCUCGGCCUGUGCCAUCGCCAACAUGGACUUUGUCAUGGCCCUCAUCUACGUCAUGCUGCUGCUGCUGGGGGCCUUCCUGGGCGCCUGGCCCGCCCUGUGUGGCCGCUUCAAGCGCUGGCGGAAGCACGGGGUCUUCGUGCUGCUCACCACGGCCACCUCCAUCGCCAUCUGGGUGGUGUGGAUCGUCAUGUACACCUACGGCAACCGGCAGCACAACAGGCCCACCUGGGACGACCCCACGCUGGCCAUCGCCCUGGCCGCCAAUGCCUGGACUUUCCUCCUCUUCUACGUCAUCCCCGAGAUCUCCCAGCUGACCAAGCCCAGCCCAGAGCAGAGCUACCAGGGGGACAUGUACCCCACCCGGGGCGUGGGCUACGAGACCAUCCUGAAAGAGCAGACGGGCCAGAGCAUGUUUGUGGAGAACAAAGCGUUUUCCAUGGAUGAGCCAGCCUCAGCCAAGAGGCCGGUGUCACCGUACAGCGGAUACAACGGGCAGCUGCUGACCAGCCUGUACCAGCCCACUGAGAUGGCCCUGAUGCACAAAGGCCCGUCUGAGGGAACCUACGACGUCAUCCUCCCGAGGGCUACCGCCAACAGCCAGGUGGUGGGCAGUGCCAACUCGACUCUGCGGGCCGAAGACGUGUACGCUGCACAGAGCCACCAGGCGGCACCCCCACCCAAAGACAGCAAGACCUCGCAGGAUCAGUCCCCGCAAAGUAUAACGAGAUGGUAACUGUCCUCCUCCCCGAACUGCACGCCGCCUGACACGCCCUCCUCCCUCCGGGCCCAGGCUGGCCAGGGUCCAGCGCCUUGUCACUGAAGUUGGGAGGGACCGAGGCUACCGGUCUGAAGCAGUGGACAGGGUGCAGGCCUGAGAAGGGCCCAGCCCCAUCUCUCUGGGGUCCACAUGACUGAGGCUGUAGGAUGGAGCUGGCCGAGUAGACUCCCAGCCUUCGGCCCCAUCCCCGCUUGCCUCCCCAGAAUCCUGGCCGCUCCUGCUAGCCACUCCUUGGUGACAGGAGCGUCCCCAGGCAUGGACCACUUGCCUUGGCCUCCCUUUCCUUGACUUGGGGAACCAGCGCUGGCUUCUUCCCGGCCAGUGGAUCUUCUCUGCGACUCUUCGGAGCCAAGCUGUGGCGGUGGGUUGGCUCAGGGCCACCUGAAGGCUCCUGAGCAGGACACAGCUUCACCUUGGGGCCUGGGGGCCAGGGUCUGAGCCCUUUGGUACUUCAGGUGCCUGCCCCUGUGCCUUCUACUGAGCCGAGCUCCAGCACCAGCCAGGGCCAGCCCCGCCUGCUCUAUGCUGCCGACAGCCCCUCCCCACCUGGGGACGGGCUGCUACACUGGUUCCAACCUGAGAGCCUCUCUUCGCCUGGCACUACCUCACAGAGACCCCCACCAAGGCAUUCGGGAGGUUUGCAGACUGCAGUGGCAUUUGGGGUUCGGGGUAUUGCCAGGGGGCCAUGGACCUUCUCGCUGAGCCCUCCUCUCGUCUUGAUUUCUCAGCCAGUUGGGAAGGUGGUUCCUGAGGCAGGUAUAGAUUUAAAUAAACACCCUUGAAACAC